AUGAUAGAUGGCCCAUUGUACAUCCUCAUCCUCCACAUCAUCCAUUUGGUCUUGAUGCCAUCAAGAAGGGUAUCCACCACUAUCACCAUCUCUACGGGACGUGCCAUACAACCUAAGAACUUUGAGAAGUUCCUGGCCUUGAUGUUUGCUGUUAUAGAAGUCAACAAGGAUCUGGUUUUCCUCCCCAACAUCACUCUUGGCUUCCACAUUUAUGACAAUCACAAGACUGAGAGGAAUAGUUCCUUAUUCAGCCUCUCCCUGCUCUCCACACGAGGCCAAAUGAUUCCAGGUUAUAAAUGUGACCAGCAGGACACCCUGGUCUCUGUCAUUGCGGGUGACAACCCCAAGUCCUCAAGGCUGAUGGCCUCCAUCUUCAGCAUCUUCAAGGUCCCACAGCUUGGUGUUGGCUUUGAGUUCACUGAAGGAGACAGAAGAGUUUAUCCUUCCUUCUUCCGGAUCAAUCCCAGUGAAUUUGCUCAGUAUGUGGGUUUAGUCCAGCUGCUCCUGUAUUUCCAAUGGAACUGGGUUGGGCUGGUGGCCCCUGAAGAUGACAAUGGAGAACAUUUGAUCUCAGCUGUGAUGCCAAUGCUCAAGGAGAAGGAGAUCUGCCUGGCCUUCACUAUAAUGUUGAAAGUUGAUUUUUCUGAUAUUCCAAUGUCGAAAUUAGUUUAUAUUUUCGACACUUGGUCUAAAGUUCUCCACCACAAUGUCCUUUCCCUCUUCCACCAGUCCCCUGUGUCUUUCGGGAAUGUCCACUUCAACAACAGUGCUGGAGAUGAAAUCUCCUUCUCAGAAAAUGGACUCGGGUCUGCACGUUAUGAUCUUCUCAACUGGAUUUUCUUCCCCAAUUUAUCUUUUGUCCCUGUGAAAGUUGGGCACAUUGAUCCUGAGGCUCCCCCAGGCCAAGAUUUCACCAUCAACUCUAGUUCAAUUGUCUGGACAAGAAAGGCAGGAGAGAGGAGAAACGUUCCAGAAGGAAAGCUGGUUUGCUGCUACCAAUGUGACCCUUGUCCAGAAGAGACCAUUUCUAACCAGACAGAUGCAGCUUCCUGUGAUCCCUGCCCAAAAGACCAAUAUCCCAACAUGGACAAGGACCAAUGCAUUGCCAAGAAGAUCCAUUUCCUUGCCUAUCAAGAACCUCUGGGAUAUGUUUUAGCUUCACUCCAACUUUCUCUCUCCAUGAUCACGAUGGCAGUUCUGGCAAUUUUCCUUAAACAUCAUGAUACACCGAUUGUCAAGGCCAACAAUCGAGACCUCUCCUACAUCCUCCUGGUCUCCCUCCUGCUCUGCUUCCUCUGCUCCUUCCUCUUCAUUGGUCAACCUGGGAAGCUCACCUGUCUCUUCCGACAAACCGCUUUUGCUGUUCUCUUUUCCCUUGCAGUGUCCUCUGUCUUGGCAAAAACAGUCAUGGUGGUUCUGGCCUUCAUGGCUACCAAACCAGGAAACCAAACAAGGAAACUCUUAGGAAAACCACUGACCUACUCCAUUAUCUUAGGCUGUCCCCUGGUCCAAGCACUUCUUUGUGCCACCUGGUUGGUCACCUCUCCCCCAUUUCUCAACUUGGAUUUCCAUUCAUUGUUUGGACAAACCAUUUUGGAAUGUAAGGAAGGCUCAGCUUUAAUGUUUUACAUUGUCCUUGCCUACCUAGGAUUUUUGGCCCUUGUCAGUUUCACAGUGGCAUUUCUAGCUAGGAAAUUGCCUGAUAGUUUUAAUGAAGCCAAGUUCAUUACUUUUAGCAUGCUGGUCUUUUGCAGUGUUUGGAUCAGCUUCCUCCCCACCUACCUGAGCACCAAAGGGAAGUCCAUGGUGGCUGUGGAGAUCUUCUCCAUCUUGGCCUCUGGUGCUGGUCUCUUGGCUUGUAUCUUUUUUCCCAAAUGCUACAUUAUCCUACUUAGGCCCCAUCUGAAUUGUAGGGAAAACAUAAUGAGGCAUAAGAAUGUCUGA